AUGGUUGUCAAGACUCGACACCACCACAUCAACGACCGUGUCGACUGCGACGGUGACGAAGGCGACGACGACGGCGAAGACGACGGCGAAAACGGAGACGAAGACGAAGACGAAGACAAAGCCAAAGACAAAGAGUCAAGACAAACACAAAGACGGCAACGACGAUAA